CGUUAAUAUGGUUCCGACUAACCCAAACCCACCAUUAAUGCUAGCCUGAAAAUGUACAAAAAUGCCAUCAGCCCAAAACCAUAACAGACGUCUUUGUUUAUUUUCCUUAUACAUAUUUGUAGAUCCGCGUAGCCUACUCUUCCCGCGACGCAGGGCCCAAUCAUGUUGCAGUGGGGCGCGUCCUGCCUGGAAACUGCGUGGGAAACCUGAUAACGCCUGUCUAACGCCGCAAAAGAGCACGAAACGCUUCAGGCGUUCUUGAAGCAAGCUCCAUGACGGGACUCCGUGGAAACUCUUUAUUGUAGGCUUGACCUGCCGUGGCAGAUAUUGGGGCGUUUUUAUAGGAGUCGGUGAAGGUAAAACAGCUCUGAAACAUCAUGCGUAAUGCUUGCUAACCGCCUGUCGGACUACAUACUAACAUGCCAAAUCACGUAGAGGUUCGUUUAAAUCCUCGCCUGGACUAAUGUAUUACGAUACAUUAGGUACAUUUACGUCGCUAUCAUCGCCGUAUAAACAAAGGCAGAGGCUUACUUUGCGAUUCUGACGCGGAAGGACUGUCACAGCGCAGGAGCAGAGCACCUGUCAAAGGGAUACAUCUUCCAAGAUGGUGGACAGCACAAUGGCUCAAGUGGGCAAGAAUCUGACUGAAGCCAUGAGGCUCUUGGGAGAUGGACAAAUAGGUCUGGAGGGAAGAACAGAGAGCUCAGUCUUCAACAGAACCAGCGUAGUGGGCCCUCUUCAGGGAGAUGGUCUGGAUGUUUCCACUAUACUACACCUUGUUCACACACUCAUCCAUGAAGAGGAGGAGGAAGAAGACAACCCAAACCCACAGAUGCAGAAUGUGGGUGAACAGGGUCACAUAGCACUACUAGGGCACAGCCUGGCAGCCUACAUCUCAGUACUGGACAGAGAGCGACUGCGGAAGCUGACCACCCGGAUCUUGUCUGAUACCACAAUGUGGCUCUGUAGACUGUUCAGAUAUGAGAAUGGUUCCGCUUACUUCCAUGAAGAUGACAGAGAAGGCCUGGUCAAAGUAUGUCGACUGGUCAUCAAUGCGUCCUAUGACGAUUAUGCCUCUGAGGGCUACACUGUCCUCAGCUCAAAGCAGCCAGUUAUCUACCAGAGCGCAUCAACCAGAUCUGGGCUAGGACAGCAUCUCUGCAACCAGCUUGCACUGCCUCUCUCUAGUCUGUGCACAGUCCCAUGCAACACCCUCUUUGGAUCCCAACAUCAAAUGGAUAUUGCUCUAUUGGACAAACUAAUCAAAGAAGACAUUGAAAGUGGAAAGUUUCCUUUGUUUUUAAUCGCCAAUGCAGGUACUCCUGGGGCAGGUCAUACUGAUAAAUUGGGCCGACUUAGGGACCUGUGUGAUCAGUACAAAAUGUGGCUCCAUGUGGAGGGAGUUAACCUUGCAACACUGACGCUGGGUCAGACCACCUCUGCUAUUAUGGCAGCAACCAGAAGUGACAGUAUGACGUUGACACCAGGUCUGUGGCUAGGACUUCCUGCUGUAACUGCUGUCACACUGUACAGACAUGAAGACCCAGCACUGUCCCUAGCUGCAGGUUUGACCUCCAGUCAGCCUGUUGAGAAGCUGCGAGCAUUACCGCUAUGGUUGUCUCUGCAGUAUCUUGGUUACAAUGGAAUCAUCCAAAAAAUAAGACAUGCAACCAUGCUGAGUCAACAAUUGCUACAAAAUCUCAAAUCUGUGAACUCCAUCAAAACAUCGGCCAUCGUGUCACCGAUCCCGCCCAUCUCUGAGGCUGCUCUACGAGAUGUUCUGGGCUCUUUCAUGCUCUCUAUUGUGGAGGAUGAACUCAACUCUCCUGUGGUUCUCUUGAAGUUUUCUCAGGAAAUGUGUGCAGCAUCCAACAGUGGGUCAGUGGAGGCUUACUGUGCUGUGGAGAAGGAGGUACUUGAUGUUUUCAAUAGAUGGCUUGGCAAGCAGCUCGCCCAGAUGGUUCCUGCCAGCGGGGUCGAUGUUGUGGAGCUUGAAGAUGAAGGCACCUGUGUUCGGUUCAGCCCAAUCCUGACGGCUGCAGAUUUAGGGACUCAACGUGAGGAUGUUGAGAAUCUGGUUAAGACUUUGUUGGAGCUGGUGCCUUUGAUGACCUCCACAAUGUCCUACCAACAGGACUUCAAAGAGGAGAUUCACCAAUGCUCACCCUACCUCAGAUACAUAGAAGAGCUUUGCUGGCCAGGACUAGGAGCUGUCAGAUAUGAGCCUCAGGUGGAGGGAAUUGAGGAUGGCAGGAGAGCAAAGGAAAUUAAGAAAAUAAAUGCUGAACUGCUGAAGAAACUACAAGAGCUAGAUAGUGACAUAAUAUUUUCCACUGGCCCAGAGUUUGCCAGGGAGGAGAACUGCAUCUUUAUAAGCAUGGUAGCUGAUGACGUUGAUAUUCAAGCGUUGGUGGAAACAAUUAUGACGCUGGGACGCGACAUUGAAGAGAAUGGAAGACUACUGGAAAACAUGACAGAGGUGGUGAGGAAAGGUAUUCGCGAGGCAGAGCUGGAGUUACUAAAAGCCAAUGAUGAGAAACUCAUGGAAGAGGGCAUGCUGAGACAACUUCCUUUGUUUGGCUCUGUUUUAAACUGGUUGUCUCCUGUUCAAACUUCAGUUAAAGGGAGGACCUUCAACCUGGCGGCAGGUUCCUUGGAUUCCACAGAGGUGACAUACUCUACAAAGGCCCAGGAAAGCAGAGUUCUCUUGAAAGAUUCUUCCACCGUGUCAACAGAGAGAAUUCAAGGUCAGAAGUUGUUUCGGCGCUCAGGUGCGGGCUCGGACUCCUUCAGUGAGUCUGGCUCAGUUGGACAAGUUGAGGGGUCAACCGCCAUCCACACAUCAACUUCUAUGGAUGUGCCAGAGGAGGAAUCUGCACAUAAAGUAAUUCCAAAAGAAAUUCAGGAUUCCAGUCUGCAGAAACAGCAUGACCAGGGGGAGGAUGAAACAUUCUUGGAGGAAAGGGAACUUGAAGGCUAAGAAAGCCAGCCAUCCCAAUAAUUGUACCAGCUAUACAUCAAUUAUGCAUUUAACUGUUGUGAAAGUAAAGUAGCUAAAUUACUUGGAAUAAUUGUCAUUCUCAAGAGUCUUUCCAAAAAGUGUAGAAAGGAUGUCAGUUGAAAUUGAUGCGAAAUGGGAAUAUUGUAACACUGUGACACAGUUUCCGAAUCACGCUCACUUUACCAGUGGUUGCAUUAUACAUUGUAUUUACACACAAUUUUGUUUAAACUCUCUCAACAUGGACCCAGAUGUCCAUCCAUCCCUCCGUCCAUCCAUCUUCUAUGUGGCUCAUCCUCUUCAGGGUUGCGAAGAGCUGCAAAAGAAAUGUCCAACUGAUUUUGGUUGAAAGGCAAACUACACCCUGGACUCAUUGCCUGUCGAUCAUAGGACACAUAAAGAACAAUUCACAUUUACACCAUCACUGAGUGAAAACUCAGGGGGGGGGGGGGGUAAACCUCUACACCAUCAGUGACUUGGGAGAUAGCUUGCAUUACAUUCAAGUAUAUAAUGGCAUGCACAAAAACUGCACAUGCUGGGGAAAAGUAUUAUCGUGGGUGCAACUAGUUAGUUGCUUAUUUUGCGAUGAUUUAAAUGUCCCUUAUUAUAUGCACUAUAUUCAUUAAUCCAGGAUAACAAAUGUUAACGUUUCAAAAUGCAGUCCAUUAGUAGUAAGUGUUUUUGCCCUUUAAAAAAACUUUAGGUGGUUGUUCUUUCAACCCUGUGGGAGUUUCCAAGGUCAUAAAUUCUUGAUAGUGGAAGAGACACAUUAAACUUCAUGAAGUAAGCGCUACCUAAAUGGGGAAUGGCUGAGUAGAUCUGUUCUGAUUCAUGUUGUACUACUGUGAUUUUCAUGCAGAAAAGCCAGACUGCAUCCAGAAUUAUUUUGUACACAUUUGAUUGCACAACACUGUAGAAAUAUAUCCACAUAAUCCAUAGUAUCAUCUAUGCAAAUUCAAGUCAAUGACACAAAUAAUACUCUAGGUCCAUAUGUACAAGCAUAAGAAAAAUAAAAAUGGAUGUGUUGUAAUUUCACCAGAACAUGGUAGUUUGGUGUUAGUAACAAAGUUACAAAUUAAAAAACAAAUGCACACAACCACAUUGGAACUAAAUAUAAUUAAAAAUGUAUUUCAUUGUUUUAUCAUGAUCUUUUUUUUGACUGCCAUAGCCGCACUGAAACAAAAACCUUUAAUUGCGUCAAUAUAUUAUAAAAAAUGUUAAUCAUGGCCUUCUGUCACGACGUGGAUAUAUUUUUGUUUUUACAUUUUUUUUUUUUUUUUUGUUGCCAAAAAUAUUUCACCUGACUCGGGUCAAAGUACUUGAAGAAAUACUAUAUAUUCAUUCAUGCAUCUUCUGUUCCAUUUAUCCUCAUUAGUGUUGCGGGAAAAUGCAAUUUAACAUUUUCUAAUGCCAUAGUCUUAGAUCAUAAUGUUGGAACUAGUAAUACAAACAUACAGUAAUAGCCCUUGAGUCGAACACUCCGCCCUGGCCUUCACUACCAUGCCUUCAUGCACUCUUGGAAGGAUUUUUCCAGCAUCUUCAGUAUCUCAGUCAUCUUGAUGUCGUCUAUGUCUUUAAAAUUGGUCCUCUUGAUGGGCCCAUUGUGGUUAGGAAUGAGGGGGGAAAAAAUCACAGGUAACCCAAGUUCGGGUUAGGCCAUCUUUUUGCACACUGAAUGGAGCAAAUGCCGCAGGAGCUCUUUGUAGAUGGGCUGAUUGAUCGUCUGGCCAACACUGAAGGGCAAAAGUGGUAGUUCAGGCUUGAAAUAGAUCUUCUUUUGUCACCAGUCAUGGAACUUUUUUUUUUUUUUUUUUUUUACACAAUUUCUGAUUUAGAUGUUGGGCUCAAGCUUGCAAGACAGGAUAUUUUUAGAUCAUGUACACUUGGAAAUUACACCAUUAUAGAAAAAUAGCUAAUGGAAAAUAAUUAUUCUUGCAUAAUGCAUUCAAACCAAAUUAGUUUGAAAAUGACAACAUUUUUUUUUUUUUUUUUAGUUGGGAAAAGGCAAUGUUGUGCACUUGUGUGGGAAACGUACUUAAAUUGGUCAUAGUUCACAGCUCAUCAGUAUCACUUGGAACUUGGUGAGAGGUUGAACUACAUCAGGCCUGGCAGAAUUUUAUUUUCGUAAGCCUUGCCUACUGACUGCUAACUGUAUAGCACAUUUCAAAAAGAAGUUAGUUGGAUAACAUCUUACUGUAAUUCUCUGAGCCAGAUAAUUCUUGAAGGUUGAGAUAUAUUGAAGUAAAAACAUUUUUGGUAGAAAUGCAUUGAGUUGGUAAAAUUAAGUGAUUGAAGAAGAAAAAUAUAUUAAGAAACAAUUUACCUUUGUUGCACUUGUAAAUAAUUACUUACAUGAUGUAAAUGAAACUCAUGCUUAAUGAUUAUAUGUCAGAUGAUUGUAAAGUUCUGUCACUAACUUUGUAACUUUCCAAUCUUUCAGAAGAACCUUGAUUUAAUGAAAUCUUCCAUUGACCAACCUGUUGUUAUGUUGUCUUAUUCGCUAUCCGCUGACGUAUAAAAGUGAAAGUCUCAAAUACUUCUUUCAGUUACUAUAUCGGUACAUUAAUUUUGGGGCAUUUACCUUGUAUUUGAGAAUAAAACUUGUUAUUGAAAAAUGGUUUAAUGGAAUAUAAUUUCCCCUUCAACCGAAUGCCGUCUCACCAUUAUAAAAUAUCCCUGUAAAGUACAAGGUAUUUCGGACAACGUUUUUAAUUCUCCAAUGAGUGUUUAAAUUUUUAGCGUACACGGGACACAGGUCCUUACCUCUUAAAAUACAA